CACUUGGUGAAACCAAAGCCCGGUGAACGGGAUGUGCUGCAUAUUGCAUAGGUGGAAGCUCCAGGUGAUGUGGGAGGUUACUGAUUUCGGAGUAAAGCAAGGACACCGCACCGCGAGGAGCGGUGCUAGCAGCUGCUGUUAAUUUUCUAGUUAGAAAUUCUGCGCUGUGCUUUGGGCUCAAAACACAAGAGGCACGGAGGAAGUGCAAUUUAUUUUGCAGUGCUUGAAGCUCGACUGAGCACACCGACCAUUAACGUUGCUCUUGAGGCACUCAAUGGCUGUCUACAACUUUUGCUUCUCCUUAGUAUAUUUUCGUGGCUGCUUCUAUACUGGAAAAUCAGCUGGAGGGAAGAGCGAGGUUAAAUAUAGCCAUUACUGAUUACAGUGUCUCACUACUGUUAAUAUAUGUCUCAGGAGAUGGCUGCACAAUGUGUCACAAAGGUGGAGCUGAAUAUUUCCUGUAACAAUCUUUUGGAUCUCGAUGCAACAUCAAAGUCGGACCCUCUGUGUGUGUUAUUUUUGAACACAAGUGGUCAACAGUGGUAUGAGAUUGAACGCACUGAAAGGAUUAAGAAUUGUUUGAAUCCCAAGUUUGCCAAGACAUUUAUUAUUGAUUACUACUUUGAAGUGGUUCAAAAGUUAAAAUUUGGAAUUUAUGACAUUGACAACAAGACUAUUGAGCUGAGUGAUGAUGACUUCUUAGGAGAAUGUGAAUGCACCCUGGGACAAAUUGUUUCCAGUAAGAAGCUAACUCGACCACUGGUGCUUAAAAAUGGCAAACCUGCUGGGAAAGGGAAUAUUACGAUUUCAGCAGAAGAAAUAAAGGAUAAUAGAGUUGUCUUGUUUGAAAUGGAAGCUAGAAAACUCGAUAAUAAGGAUCUCUUUGGAAAGUCAGACCCAUAUCUGGAGUUUCAUAAGCAGACAUCUGACGGAAACUGGCUCAUGGUUCAUCGAACAGAGGUUAUUAAAAACAACUUGAAUCCUGUUUGGAGGCCUUUUAAAAUCUCUCUUAACUCCCUGUGCUAUGGAGAUAUGGACAAAACCAUUAAGGUCGAGUGUUAUGACUAUGACAAUGAUGGGUCACAUGAUCUCAUUGGAACAUUUCAAACUACCAUGACAAAACUGAAAGAAGCUUCCAGAAACUCACCUAUUGAAUAUGAAUGCAUAAAUGAAAAAAAGAAACAAAAGAAAAAAAGCUAUAAGAAUUCAGGUGUUAUCAGUGUGAAACACUGUGAGAUUACAGUGGAGUGCACAUUCCUUGACUACAUCAUGGGAGGAUGUCAGCUGAAUUUUACUGUGGGAGUGGAUUUCACAGGCUCCAAUGGUGACCCCAGGUCUCCGGAUUCCCUUCAUUACAUCAGCCCCAACGGUGUUAAUGAGUAUCUGACUGCCAUCUGGUCUGUGGGGCUGGUUAUUCAAGAUUAUGAUGCUGAUAAAUUGUUUCCAGCUUUUGGUUUUGGAGCUCAGAUAGCUCCUCAGUGGCAGGUAUCUCAUGAAUUUCCAAUGAACUUUAAUCCAUCUAAUCCUUACUGUAAAGGAAUCCAAGGCAUUAUAGAGGCAUACCGGGCCUGUCUUCCUCAGAUAAAGCUCUAUGGACCAACUAACUUUUCUCCAAUCAUAAACCAUGUCGCCAGGUUUGCAGCUGCAGCCGCACAACAGCAGACAGCUUCUCAAUAUUUUGUGCUCUUGAUCAUUACCGAUGGUGUGAUCACAGACCUUGAUGAAACCAGACAAGCUAUCGUUAAUGCUGCCAAGCUGCCCAUGUCCAUCAUCAUUGUUGGAGUUGGAGGAGCUGACUUUGGUGCCAUGGAGUUUCUGGAUGGCGAUGGGGGAAGUCUCCGCUCCCCAAGCGGCGAGGUGGCCAUCAGGGAUAUCGUCCAGUUUGUGCCUUUCAGACAGUUCCAGAAUGCUCCAAAGGAAGCACUUGCUCAGUGUGUCUUGGCGGAGAUUCCCCAGCAGGUGGUGGGCUACUUCAAGGCGUACAAACUCCUUCCUCCCAGGAACCCAGCUACCAAAUAAAAGGAGCUGUUACCACUGCAACAGAAUUGUUAUGCUGCUGGGAAACAGUACCAUCUCUUACAUAAAAUCAUAUAUCUGUCAUUUUUUGUAUAUUUCACCCCCUGCAUUUAUGAUGUAAACCUGGUUCUUUAUGGCUUUUAUCUGUUUAGAGAAUAUUUUUUUGAGGCGAACAGUGCCAAGUCUAUCUUUGCCAAUCAAUCCAGUGAUUGUUAGUAAUUUACAGUAAUUGCAGUGAGGUUGUUUGGAUUAGAACCUAGUGUGGGGAAAACUGAUUUUUGUUUGCUUUUGUAUGAUGCAAAUACCAUUUAAAAUGUCAGUAGAAAGAAUGAAAAAUCAUUGAGAUGAAGUAUUUUGCAGGUUGCUAUACAUUGUAUGUAGUAAAUGUUUUACAAGCUUAUGUCCAUACUAUUGAUUGAGAAAGCUUCUUAAGUUAGAGUAUUGAUUUUCCUCCUAUAUCUCUAUAUUCAAUCCUUUUCCUUGAAGUAAAAGCUACCUUUACUUGGCACCUGAUUUUUUUAUAUGCUGCACAGUUACAAAGCAUCUUGCACUCAUAUGGGAUUUGUUGAAAAGGAAAGGUAAUUGUUCACUUUUUAAAAUAUAUGAUCAACAAGUAAAAAGAGUCUCAUGUAAGUAUGCCAUACUUAUUUGCCUUUCUUGAUUUUUAAUUUUUUUUUGUAGAAUACUGUAAACAUAGUUGGAAUUGACCUUUCUUUUCGUUGACUGAAUGUGAUACUUGGGAUUCUGUGCAUGCAUAGAUUGUAGGUAUAUAGGUUGUCUUAAAUUCUGCCUUAUUCAUUUAUUUUAAUUGAAGUUUGUUUGCUAAAAUGCUUAGGAUUGCUUUGUUCAGGGAUGCUAUGAGGACCAAACAUAUAAGGUGAAAAUUCAUAAUUCCAUCUUCUUUAAUAAAUGACUAAUUUUUUUUAAACAGUAGCUUUUAUACUUUUCCUGCUAAGGUUCCAUAUUUUAAUUUGUACUGAUUUAGAGAUUUUUCUCUUUUUCAAAAAAAUAACAUUUUUGUCUGAUUUUUAAACUCAUCAUAUUGGUUAUCUAUUAAUCAAAGGCCCUUUUUACGUUUUAGUUGUGCUCGCUUCAUCACCACAUAUACAUGUUAGUAAUGUGCUAUUUUCUAAGUCUGGAAUUUAUACAGUCAAGUAUAAAACCUGGUGUAACUUAAAAACAACAACAAAAACUUAGAAUGGACUUACAUGUUUUUUUGUAAUUUUAAUUUUUUUU